UUCUUUCCAUUUCAUUCAUAAAUUCAUCAAUAACCUCUAUUAAGAAUCGCAAAUACCUAGGCAAACUGGUCUGACCUGACCUAGCAAAACAGCGUUGUCAGUGCGUCAAUACACCAGUUAUUACGGCUCUAAGCUACAGACAAGCAUGGCAGCCUCCAGUAAAUAGCGUUUGAGUAACAAAGCAGGAGUUUUGUAAUUUUAUCAAAGAUCUCGAUCUUUCAUAAAUCUUAUGCCGAUCACGAAAGUAAACAAAUUCGUCUCCUGAAAAAGAAAUUGUGUGCAUCUCACAUGUUGACAAAGAAGCUUUCUACCCUUCACAGUUUCCUGUUACUGGCUUCUAGACGUGCUGGUCACCUUGCUAGACAGCAGUAUGAUGUCAUUGUUGUGGGUGGAGGACACGCUGGGGCUGAGGCUGCAGCAGCAGCAGCCAGAAUGGGAGCUGAGACGCUCCUGGUCACACAGAAAAUACAUACCAUUGGUGUCCUGUCCUGUAACCCAUCUCUGGGAGGAAUAGGGAAGGGCCACCUGGUGAAGGAGAUUGAUGCUCUGGAUGGGCUAUGCGGACGAGCAGGAGACUGGGCUGGAAUUUAUUUCUCCAUCCUGAAUCGUAAAAAAGGCCCAGCUGUGUGGGGCCCAAGAGCCCAGCUGGAUCGUCAGCGGUACCGUGAAUUCAUUCAGGCAGAGCUGCUGGGCACUCCCAGGCUGACGGUGUUGGAGGGUUCGGUAGAGGAGCUGCAGGUAACAGAACCAAACCCAGAGGAGCCUGGACACCACAGAGUCACUGGGAUACGUUUAGCAAAUGGAAGCCACCAGAUCUCAGCCCGCUCUGUGGUUCUCACUACCGGUACUUUCUUGUCCGGCUCCCUCUUCAUGGGCCAAACUACGUCUCCCGGGGGUCGGAUUGGAGAUGCUCCAUCGAGUGCUGGCCUGUCCUAUACACUGCAGGAGAGGCUGGGGCUCAGGGUAGGCAGGCUGAGGACUGGUACGCCUCCCAGGAUUGUGAAGGAUUCAGUAGACUUUUCCCUGGUUGAGCCUCACCUUCCUGACAAGCAUCCAACUCCAUUCAGCUUCUUGAAUACACACGUACGCUGCAAGCCUGAAGAGCAGCUGCUUUGCUAUCUGACCUGUACUACCCCUGGUGUAGAGAGAGUGGUAAGAGAGAGCCUUCAUCUCAACUGUCACAUUCAGCAAGAUACCAAGGGUCCCAGAUACUGCCCCUCCAUUGAGUCACGAGUACUUCGCUUUCCAGGCCGAGCGCACCAGGUGUGGCUGGAGCCUGAGGGGGUGAACUCUGACCUUCUGUACCCUCAGGGACUGUCCAUGACCAUGCCCCCUGACAUGCAGCUCCUCCUCAUCAGAGAAAUCCCCGGCAUGCAGAGAGCUGAGAUCCACACGCCAGGUUAUGGUGUGCAGUACGACUUUGUGUGCCCCACUCAGCUGAGCCCUGCCCUACAGGUGAAAAGCACCCAGGGUCUCUUUCUAGCCGGGCAGAUCAAUGGAACAACAGGCUACGAGGAAGCUGCUGCACAGGGCCUGUGGGCGGGGGUGAAUGCUGCUCGCUGGGCACUCUCCAUGCCUCCACUAGCGCUGUCUCGAACAGAGAGUUAUAUUGGGGUUCUCAUUGAUGAUCUGAUCAGUCGAGGAGUUACAGAACCAUACCGCAUGUUCACCAGCAGGGCUGAGUUUCGAGCUUCUCUAAGGCCGGACAACGCUGACCUUCGCCUCACUCUGAAAGGGUUUGAGGAGGUAGGAUGUGUGUCUUCUUUGCGCUACCAGGAGGCCGUGAGAGUGAGGGACAGUCUCCAGGAAGCACUAGCAGCCUUACAGACCCUCACUCUGUCCGCCCCCAACUGGACGAAGAAGCUGCCAAACAUCCGUAUAAGUGAGGUCAAGACAACAAGUCUGACUGGUGUGGAUCUGUUGCAGUACAGAGAUGUGUCCUUUGAAAUGUUGGCAUCUGCCUUCCCAGAGUGCCUUUCACGUUUUACAGAAUUCUCACAAAGACUCAAGAUAGAGGCUGUGUACAGGUUUCACUGUGAGCUCCAGAAGAAAGAGAUUGAGAGAAUUCAGAAGGAGGAGAACAUGGCUCUCCCACAGGACAUUGACUAUUUCUCUUUGCCAGUGUCUCUGUCUCAGGAAGUCAGAGAGAUUCUGGACAGAUUUCGACCCAGCACUGGCAAAAGGAGAGAGGACCACGCAGAAACAAACCAGACCAUAAGGAGGAUAGAGAAGAGGAGCUGUGUGCAAGAAAUGCAUCUAUACCUCAGUGAAAUGACUGAUAAACUGCCCUGUAAAGGUGUAUGUAUUCCUCAAAAUGUACAAAACAAUAAAUUGAAGUGUUUAAGGACAUGUGCCAUUUUCAUGUUUUACAUCAGGUAGAUGAGCCUUUUUAUUAUAAAAAAGCAAAACAAUAAAAUAAAACGAACAUUCAUUUCAUUCAUAUAAAGUAGCCCUAAAAACAGCAUUUC